UGAGGUAUUUUUUGUCGUGGAGCCGAAGCAGUGCGUUUUGGUGAAAUAAAUUCUGUCAGUGGAGUCGAAGGGAAACUGGCGUGGUGACUUCUUCCAUUUCGCAUAACAUGUCUCAGUGAAUUUGCAUUGAUUUGCAAGAGUGUCGGGGAAUAUUGUAAAGUACUUUUCGAGCUGCACUUCAUCGUGAACAGCGAGUGUGAACCAUGAAUUUCGACGACUAUGAACAGCUUCCGACGACGAGUGUUUUUACCAACAUGACUGCAGGAGCCAUAGCGGGUGUCCUGGAGCACUGCAUCAUGUACCCGCUGGACUCAGUGAAGACCCGCAUGCAGAGCUUGUCUCCGGUAACCAAGGGCAGCACUAUUAUGUCCACGAUGACCACGAUGAUCCAGAAGGAGGGAAUUUUCAGGCCUGUCAGGGGAAUGGGAGCCGUUGUCGCCGGCGCAGGACCGGCACACGCCUUCUACUUCGCCUCAUACGAAUACUGCAAGACCUCCCUAUCCAGAGUAACUCCUCACAACCAACUAAACUACAUAACAUCGGCCGUUGUCGCGACUCUGAUCCACGAUGCCAUCUCGAAUCCGACGGAAGUGAUAAAACAGCGGCUUCAGAUGUACAAUUCGCCGUACAAUUCUGUGAUCCAGUGCAUGAAAUCCGUGUACCAGGCGGAGGGCAUGAAGGCCUUCUACCGCUCGUACUUGACUCAGCUUGUGAUGAAUCUGCCCUACCAGGCCAUCCACUUCUCCACAUAUGAGUUUUUCCAGAAUGUGCUCAACAAGGAGCACCGCUACAAUCCACCAGUGCACGUGGUUGCCGGCGGGGCGGCGGGCGCCGCGGCGGCUGCACUCACGACACCCCUCGACGUGGUGAAGACACUGCUCAACACUCAGGAGACCAGCGUGGGCACCACGAAGGGCAUGGCGGAUGCCGUGAGGAAGAUCUACGAGCGAGCUGGAACGCCGGGAUUCUUCAAGGGUCUCAUGCCGAGGGUGCUGUACUCGAUGCCCGCCACUGCGAUCUGCUGGUCAACGUAUGAGUUCUUCAAGUUUAUCAUAUCGAACCAGGGACGGGAGUUCAACUCCGCGCCCGCCGGCGCCGUGGGCUCGGGCAGGAGUAAGGCGGGCGCCGAGGGCGCGAGCACGAUGAAGAGCAGCGACCAUCACACGGGACACCGGUAUGUGCUGCCGGUGGUGAGUUCCGACGUGGAGAUCGGCGGCAGCGGCCUGAAACCUCGCGAGCUGCCCGCGAUGUCCGGAGCCGGUAUGUAUGGUGCCCUCAAUCUGAACACACUCCACUCCGACUCGUCAACGACACGACAAUUCGAUCAGCGGUGUAACACCUAAAGAGCAAUCUUCCGCGCCGCAGUUUGUUUCAUAGAGCGAUUACACUGUUUUAACCACGAUAUACUUGAGGUCUGGAAUGGCAGAUGAGAGCGAGUUUAAUGUCUCAAGAGAGCGGCAAGGCCGUACCAAAUAUACCCCUUUUAUUCGCCACUUUUCUCACUACAUCUCCUCCAAUUGAGAGUCUACUAAGGUAGUUUUGUAUUUAGUCGAGGGCUCCCGUUAUCUUUUUUAAGUUUACGCAUACGUUUAUUUGUUAUGUCCCUUUCUGGGGCAUUUCCUCCCCCCUUCGUUCUUGGAUUCAGGGAAGCGGAUUGCUUUGGAGAGCGAAACAAUGAAGGAUCACCGUGAUGGAUAUGCAAUUGGCGCUGAAAAUGCAAAAGGAUAAGCUAUAUUUUUAAAAUGAGAGAUUGAGGAAGAAAUAGUAUUAAAAGAGGAAAAAAAUGAAGCAAAAUUGUUGAGUAAAAACCGUGAGAAGAAUUGUUAGUCGCGAAACAAUUGAUUUCUAGAUUGAAUAAGUGAGAAAGAGAGAGGAUUGGAAUUUGUGAUUUCACUUGUAGAUUCGGUAUAUCUUAUUUUUCUUGUGUAAAAACAAAGUAUGGGAAGAAGAAAGAAGAGUGAGAGAUAAUCUUUGUGUAUCGUGUUAAGAAAUUCAAGAGGAAAAUUCUCCUAUUUCACACAAAUUAGCAAAUUUAGAAAUGCAAACAAACCUUGUCUCUUCAUUCGGCAUUAAAUGCCAAUGAAGAUGCACAGAAAAAAAGCCCAACAAGUCUUUUUUGAAUAUGUACAUAAAUGAAGAAAAAGACAGUUUGUUUAAUAAUAUAAUACUUGAUGUAAAUAGUAUAAUUGAAAUUUUUAAUUAGUCAGUUUUGUGUUGUCAAUUUCACGAUAAAAAUUUACUAAAUGAUCAGAUUCUGACAAUAUUAGGCUAUAUAGCGAAAUAGCAAAAAAAGAACAGCAGGCAAUUGAGCGUUUAAGAACAAAAAAAUGUGUUUUAAGAAAAUAUCAAUUGAGGAAAAGCAUAGAAAUUUCCCAAAACUUUCCAUGAUGUCAUUGCGCGGCCGCUAGAUGGCAUGCGAUGUAUGAUGAAUUCGAAUUCAUAGAAUUUUAUUAGCCUGGACACAGUUGCAGCCAAUUUUCAUUACGGAAAAGCUUUUCUAUCAAUUCAAAUAAAUAUUUCCAACUGUCAAUUACUCAAAUUAUACUGAAUUAAAAACUAGAGAAUCUUUGAUCUGGAAAAGAAGAAGAGGAAGAGAAUUGGCAUAUUGUAAUGUUGUGAAAGUGAAAAAUGAAACGAACACAAAGACUGAUUUCGGGAAACAAGAAGGAAAGGAUUUUCAUUGGGUAAAAGGUGAAAAGUUUUGAAAA